GUUUUCCUUUGAGAGUGGGGCACUUGAAUUCAACUUCCCGACCACCACCACCUUCCCAGUCAACUGUUCGGAUUGGGGCCGAAGGGUGGAAAGAACCCAAAACAAAAAAGCUCUCACAAUUCAUCAAGAUAGCAAAAGCAAACAGUCGACGCACAAACCAAGGAAUACAUUCAUCAUGGUGAUCGACAUGGUAUACACUCCCAUGAACGUGGUUGAGCUAAACAGUCUGGCCGUGCUUCAGAUGCGCCAACAACAGUUUGGUCAAGCCCUCAGCACUCUUCAAACAGCCGUCGUGGUGCUCGAGGAGAUCUAUCGCACCAACAUGAUCGGGUGCCAUCAGCCCAACAAGAAACGUCGUCGUCUUUCUUCAGGUGAAUCGGUGUCCAGUGACACAGAGGAUGAUGCUGUUGGGGUUGUUCAAAGUGUGCAAGUGUUGGACGAAAAGGCCCAAGCAAAGUUGGUUUCCAACUCGGCAGUUCCCAAUGACGACGUCUUGCUCUUUUAUGAUCGCGCAUUUACCUUCCAGAACUUCCAAAACAUUGACUUUGAACUUUCUGAAAACAAGUCCAGCCUCUCUGGUAUGAUUCUGUUCAACCUCGGAUUGGUGCAACACAUCCUCGCCAUCAAAUCUGGUAGCUCUUCCCACAUGUUCCAAGCUUUGCGCUUCUACCGACUGGCUCACGUGUCAUUGGAGCAAGUGAAAGAUGUUGUCUCGAUGGAAGUUCACAUCCUCCUCCUGAUGGGACUUAUCAACAACAUGGGUCACAUUCACGCCUGCCUCUUUCAUCGAGAACAGACCCAAAGUUGUAUCGACUGGCUUCGCAGGGCCGUUAUUUCCAAACAAGGCGCCGUCCUCGAUGUCGUUGACCAUGACUUCUUCUACUCCAACCUCCAAUCUCUUCCCUCCGAUCUCUACAAGUUUGCACCUGCAGCAUGAUAAUUAUACCCGCAAGCAGAUAUUGACUGCAGCAGUGCUAUGAACCAUUUCACAUGCAUAGAAAAGACUAGUAUACUUGUAUAACAAAAAGAUAGAAAACAUGAUUACAUUAUUGC